AGAGUGAGAGACAGAUAGAAAAAGUGAAAGGUCAAUAUAAAAUCUUCGGCUUUUGACUGUUGGGGAAUAAGGCGGCCGAGCGGGACGGUCACACACAAAAAGGGCUUAGGAUUAAUAAAUUAUAUUAUUGUAUUGUUUUAAAUAAGUACAACCUCGUUUUAGCCAAGCCUGACGAAUAUCACAAAAGUGGCGACGAGAAAAGUUAAUGUGAUCGUUUCGUGUUGUAAAGUGCUGACCAUAUUUUAAUUCGUUUUUUGUUCGUUUUCUUCCGUGUCCCGCUCACACACAUACACCCACACAAUUGCACCACCACGUCCCAAGAAGCGCAAGAUGAACCCCGCUGAUGCAACGAUGGAUUUACCGACGGAGGAGGAGCAGCGACGUGCAUCCUUAGGCCGACCUGGAUUUUUCAACCCGGCGGUGAUGCAGCAACCCGGAGCAUCGCAGCCGCACGUUCCCUCCGUGCACGAAGUAGCGUCCCAUCAUCAGGUGUCCCCAAACGGACACCUCUAUCCGCCAUCGCAAUUGGGACCCGCAUCAGCGCAGCCGGUAUCAGCGCCAUCGCAAUUUGUGCAACCGCCAUCGCAAACGGGCUCAGCUGUAGUGGAUAACGCCGUACUCCUGCAAACGCUGAAAAUGAUGCAGCAACUAAUGGCCCAGCAAAUAAGCCAGCCCGUAGUUACGCCAAAUUUUAAUCCAGAGCAAGCAACGGAAGCAUUAGCCAAUUCGAUUAUGGAAUUUCGGUUCGAUCCUGAAGCUGGCAUCACCUUCAGAACAUGGUUUUCCCGGUACGAGGAGCUGUUCAACGAGGAUGCUUGUCGGUUAAGUGAUGCAGCAAAAGUGCGACUUCUUUUAAGGAAGCUAGGUGCAGCCGAGCAUGAUCGAUAUUUGUCGUUUAUCCUGCCCCGGCGUUCAAAUGAAUUUUCAUUCAAGGAGACGAUCGCAAAGCUCGCUGUGCUGUUCGACGUACAGGAAUCCUUGAUAAGCAAAAGGUACAGGUGUUUGCAGCUUACAAGGAAACCUGAAGAGGAUCUGCUUACCUACGCAUGCCGUGUGAAUAAAUCAUGCGUAGAGUUCGAGCUCAGCAAGCUCGACGAGGAGCAGCUAAAGUGCCUCUUAUUCGUUUGUGGAUUAAGAGAAGAACGAGACGUCGAAGUGCGAACCAGAUUGUUGGCGAAAAUCGAGGAUCGAGAGCAGAUUACGUUGCAGCAACUGUCAGAGGAUUGCAGUCGCAUUGCCGCACUAAAAAGAGACAGCGCAAUGAUACAGGAAAAUGAACGGCAAGUACUCGCAUUGCAUAACAACAAUAAUACAAAAAUAUUAAAUAACCAUACUAAAGCUAACAAUUCGAGUUUUCAGCACCGGCAAUUCCCCAGAAGAAAUAAUUUCCAAAGAUAUAGUAAACAGCAUCCUCCCGCACGGAACACCCAGCCCAGCCGACCAUGCUGGCUUUGUGGCGAUAGACAUUGGGUGCAAGACUGCGAAUACAAAUCGCACACGUGCCAAGAUUGCGGAAUAGAAGGGCACCGAGAAGGACACUGCAAUACCGCAAGUCGAUUCGGAAAGUUUGGGCACAGCCCAUCAGCGGAGGCUAAAAUCGUCACGGUGAAUGCUUGUGCAGUCGCAGUAAACCGUAAGUACGUAAAUGUGCUAAUAAAUGGGAAGAAUGCCAGGUUGCAACUCGAUACGCGGUCCGAUAUCACGAUCAUAAAUCGACCCAUGUGGAAAAGCUUAGGAGAACCUUUAUUAAAUGCAUGCGAGAUAAGAACAAAGACAGUGUCAGGAGCUAACCUUCACAUAGACGGGGAAUUCGAAGGAAUUAUUACGGUUGGAGGAAAUACAAAAACAGCCACAAUACGGGUAGCUCACGUAAAUCUUUUAUUAUUGGGUGCAGACGUAAUAGAAUCUUUUAACCUGGGAUCGGUACCAAUGAAUGCGUACUGUGAAUCAGUUUCAACAACGACACCAAUUGCUAAAAGCUUAGAAUAUCCCAGCGUUUUUAAAGGAUCAGGCAACGAUAAUUAUUUUACAAACGGAACAACGACUGCUACAUAACAAAAAAAAAAGAGAAAAUGGAAUAUAUAAAAUGAGAUGCAUAAAAAGGAAUAUGAUAAAAAAAAGAAACGAAACCAAUAUAAUAGAAAGUAACACAUGCUUAAAGGAAAGUUGAUCAACAAUAGUGUCGUAUAGACCACAGCUUGCACGUUUCAUGAAAAAAGGCGAUCUAUUUUGUUUAAAGAGAGAGUGGGUAGCAAUCCCCAUGUGCAAAAGAAAUGCCUAAAUGAAAAAUUAUCAUUCAAGAAUUCAAAAGGAAAACAAAAUAAUAGCGACAGUUAUGGUCAGAAUCCUCAACUAAAAGAAAAGGAAUGUAGUACAUGAGCAACACAAUCAAGCAAGAAUACCAAGUCAUGAUCAAUUAAAUAAUAACCAUACAGCACGCAUCUCGAGCAUUUACAAAGCACAAACAGAUUACAGCCAAAAAAAGGAAAAGGGAUUUGCAGAAGUAAAAGAGCACUCUAACACAGAAAGUACUUUAAAAGAAGGCUGUUUGAAAAAAAAAACAAGUUGUAUAAACAAGUGGUCUUGCAGCAACAACAAAAUGGCAUCAGUGGUUGCUUCAGUGCAUCGUCUACGCAAAUAUUUAGAAGAACGGCAACCGCACGUCCUAGAAAGCUGAAAUCGGGUACAGGAACCACGACGCUCUUCUCGCAAUAGAAGAUUGCCCAGUCGGUUCGAAGUGUACCGUACAUUUUAAGAGAGGGAGAUGUUAUGGAGGCGUUUUAGGGCGAAAUGCGAUAAGUGAGCCAACCUGCGCAAACAGUUCGGCUCCGACUGGCUGGUCACUCAGCGAGCCGAGAGGCCACUCAGCACGAUCGAAAGGACGAUCGUGCUCUCUUGGAAUAAGGCGGCCGAGCGGGACGGUCACACACAAAAAGGGCUUAGGAUUAAUAAAUUAUAUUAUUGUAUUGUUUUAAAUAAGUACAACCUCGUUUUAGCCAAGCCUGACGAAUAUCACAAAAGUGGCGACGAGAAAAGUUAAUGUGAUCGUUUCGUGUUGUAAAGUGCUGACCAUAUUUUAAUUCGUUUUUUGUUCGUUUUCUUCCGUGUCCCGCUCACACACAUACACCCACACAAUUGCACCACCACGUCCCAAGAAGCGCAAGAUGAACCCCGCUGAUGCAACGAUGGAUUUACCGACGGAGGAGGAGCAGCGACGUGCAUCCUUAGGCCGACCUGGAUUUUUCAACCCGGCGGUGAUGCAGCAACCCGGAGCAUCGCAGCCGCACGUUCCCUCCGUGCACGAAGUAGCGUCCCAUCAUCAGGUGUCCCCAAACGGACACCUCUAUCCGCCAUCGCAAUUGGGACCCGCAUCAGCGCAGCCGGUAUCAGCGCCAUCGCAAUUUGUGCAACCGCCAUCGCAAACGGGCUCAGCUGUAGUGGAUAACGCCGUACUCCUGCAAACGCUGAAAAUGAUGCAGCAACUAAUGGCCCAGCAAAUAAGCCAGCCCGUAGUUACGCCAAAUUUUAAUCCAGAGCAAGCAACGGAAGCAUUAGCCAAUUCGAUUAUGGAAUUUCGGUUCGAUCCUGAAGCUGGCAUCACCUUCAGAACAUGGUUUUCCCGGUACGAGGAGCUGUUCAACGAGGAUGCUUGUCGGUUAAGUGAUGCAGCAAAAGUGCGACUUCUUUUAAGGAAGCUAGGUGCAGCCGAGCAUGAUCGAUAUUUGUCGUUUAUCCUGCCCCGGCGUUCAAAUGAAUUUUCAUUCAAGGAGACGAUCGCAAAGCUCGCUGUGCUGUUCGACGUACAGGAAUCCUUGAUAAGCAAAAGGUACAGGUGUUUGCAGCUUACAAGGAAACCUGAAGAGGAUCUGCUUACCUACGCAUGCCGUGUGAAUAAAUCAUGCGUAGAGUUCGAGCUCAGCAAGCUCGACGAGGAGCAGCUAAAGUGCCUCUUAUUCGUUUGUGGAUUAAGAGAAGAACGAGACGUCGAAGUGCGAACCAGAUUGUUGGCGAAAAUCGAGGAUCGAGAGCAGAUUACGUUGCAGCAACUGUCAGAGGAUUGCAGUCGCAUUGCCGCACUAAAAAGAGACAGCGCAAUGAUACAGGAAAAUGAACGGCAAGUACUCGCAUUGCAUAACAACAAUAAUACAAAAAUAUUAAAUAACCAUACUAAAGCUAACAAUUCGAGUUUUCAGCACCGGCAAUUCCCCAGAAGAAAUAAUUUCCAAAGAUAUAGUAAACAGCAUCCUCCCGCACGGAACACCCAGCCCAGCCGACCAUGCUGGCUUUGUGGCGAUAGACAUUGGGUGCAAGACUGCGAAUACAAAUCGCACACGUGCCAAGAUUGCGGAAUAGAAGGGCACCGAGAAGGACACUGCAAUACCGCAAGUCGAUUCGGAAAGUUUGGGCACAGCCCAUCAGCGGAGGCUAAAAUCGUCACGGUGAAUGCUUGUGCAGUCGCAGUAAACCGUAAAAGCGCAAGAUGAACCCCGCUGAUGCAACGAUGGAUUUACCGACGGAGGAGGAGCAGCGACGUGCAUCCUUAGGCCGGCCGGGAUUUGUCAACCCGGCGGUGAUGCAGCAACCCGGAACAUCGCAGCCGCACGUUCCCUCCGUGCACGAAGUAGCGUUCCAUCAUCAGGUGUCCCCAAACGGGCACCUCUAUCCGCCAUCGCAAUUGGGACCCGCAUCAGCGCAGCCGGUAUCAGCGCCAUCGCAAUUUGUGCAACCGCCAUCGCAAACGGGCUCAGCUGUAGUGGAUAACGCCGUACUCCUGCAAACGCUGAAAAUGAUGCAGCAACAAAUGACCCAGCAACAGCAGCUUAUUAGUAAAAUAAUGGCCCAGCAAAUAAGCCAGCCCGCAUUUACGCCAAAUUUCAAUCCAGAGCAAGCAACGGAAGCAUUAGCCAAUUCGAUUAUGGAAUUUCGGUUCGAUCCUGAAGCUGGCAUCACCUUCAGAACAUGGUUUUCCCGGUACGAGGAGCUGUUCAACGAGGAUGCUUGUCGGUUAAGUGAUGCAGCAAAAGUGCGACUUCUUUUAAGGAAGCUAGGUGCAGCCGAGCAUGAUCGGUAUUUGUCGUUUAUCCUGCCCCUACGUUCAAGUGAAUUUUCAUUCAAGGAGACGAUCGCAAAGCUCGCUGUGCUGUUCGACGUGCAGGAAUCCUUGAUAAGCAAAAGGUACAAGUGUUUGCAGCUUACAAGGAAACCUGAAGAGGAUCUGCUUACCUACGCAUGUCGUGUAAAUAAAUCAUGCGUAGAGUUCGAGCUCAGCAAGCUCGACGAGGAACAGCUAAAGUGCCUCUUAUUCGUUUGUGGAUUAAGAGAAGAACGAGACGUCGAAGUGCGAACCAGAUUGUUGGCGAAAAUCGAGGAUCGAGAGCAGAUUACGUUGCAGCAACUGUCAGAGGAUUGUAGUCGCAUUGCCGCACUAAAAAGAGACAGCGCAAUGAUACAAGAAAAUGAACGGCAAGUACUCGCAUUGCAUAACAAUAGUAAUACAAAAAUAUUUAACAACCAUACUAAAGCUAACAAUUCGAGUUUUCAGCACCGGCAAUUCCCCAGAAGAAAUAAUGUCCAAAGAUAUGAUAAGCAGCGUCCUCCCGCACGGAACACCCAGCCCAGCCGACCAUGCUGGCUUUGUGGCGAUAGACAUUGGGUGCAAGACUGCGAAUACAAAUCGCACACAUGCCAAGAUUGCGGAAUAGAAGGGCACCGAGAAGGACACUGCAAUACCGCAAGUCGAUUCGGAAAGUUUCGGCACAGCCCAUCAGCGGAGGCUAAAAUCGUCACGGUGAAUGCUUGUGCAGUCGCAGUAAACCGUAAGUACGUAAACGUGCAAAUAAAUGGGAACAAUGCCAGGUUGCAACUCGAUACGGGGUCCGAUAUCACGAUCAUAAAUCGACCCAUGUGGAAAAGCUUAGGAGAACCUUUAUUAAAUGCAUGCGAGAUAAGAACAAAGACAGUGUCAGGAGCUAACCUUCACAUAGACGGGGAAUUCGAAGGAAUUAUUACGGUUGGAGGAAUUACGAAAACAGCCACAAUACGGGUAGCUCGCGUAAAUCUUUUAUUAUUGGGUGCAGACGUAAUAGAAUCAUUUAACCUGGGAUCGUUACCAAUGAAUGCGUACUGUGAAUCAGUUUCAACAACGACACCAAUUGCUAAAAGCUUAGAAUAUCCCAGCGUUUUUAAAGGAUCAGGCAACGAUUAUUAUUUUACAAACGGAACAACGACUGCUACAUAACAAAAAAAAAAAA